AUGUCUAAUUUAAAUAAUUCUACAUCUAACCUCAAUCAGAUUUUAUUGCUGGGGGAUGAAGUUGUGAGGGCGUUCUUGUCUGUGACCCCAUGUGUUAUCUUCCUCUUUGUCAAUGGGGUCAUGAUUUUUACCUUAAGGAAAAAGACUGUUUUUCAGGAGACCUCCCGCUACAUUCUGUUUGGUCACAUGCUUUGGGUUGAUACACUCAAUCUCUUUAUGAGUGUAGUGUUGUUUAUGUGUGCCACUCGUAGGGUUUCUAUUAUGAAAAUUGUCUGUCUCUUUCUUCUUGUUGCUGCAACAACCCUCUUUCAGGUUUCUACCCUAAAUCUGGCUUUGAUGUCACUGGAGAGAUAUGUAGCUAUUUGUUUUCCUCUCAGACAUGCAAAUAUCACAACUUAUGGAAGAACUCACAUGGCCAUUGUUGUUGUUUGGGCUAUAAGUUUAAUUCAGUCCCUGUCUGAAAUUACAAUUUUCUAUGUCACUGAUUUGACAAACACACCAAUGAAUGUGUUCUGCUCAAGAACCACUCUUUUAAGACUGCAGGUAUAUAAGAAUCUCAAUAUAGCCUUUACUUGCAUAUUUUUUGUGUCUGUGGGUUUUGUUGUUAUCUUUACCUACUCCUCUAUAGCAAUUGUGGCUAAAUCAGCCUCCAGUGAUAAGGUGUCGGCCAAAAAGGCCAACAAGACUGUCCUAUUACAUCUAAUGCAGCUAUGUCUUGGUGCUGCAUCCAUUUUAGUUGGAGUUAUCCAAGAAGUCAUUUAUGUUCAUGCCGACUUUGUAACUUCAGUACGUGUAAUGUAUUUUUGCUUUGUAGUGUUUCAGAUUUUCCCAAGAUGUCUAAGUCCUCUUAUAUAUGGCCUGAGAGAUCAGGCCUUUAGCUAUUUAUUUAAAUACUACUUCACAUUUGGUCUCAAAAAGAAAAACAGUUGUCAUGCAGAGACACAUUAA